UAAUAUAAACAAAAAAAAUAUAGUAUUGCUAAAGCAAAUCUUAAAAAAGAAUAUAAAAUAAAAUCAUAGCGAUUAUAAUUAUAAGAGAUCGACUGAAGAGCUUAGUUAAAGCAGUUAGUCGGAGGAAAAGAGGCGUGAUUAUUGGAUAGGAAUUUGAUGUGAGAAUGCAAUUGUUUUGAUGAAAAUCUAACUUCAAAGUUAGGUAAGCUGUUAUUGUGUGAAAAGAGGAGUAACCGCUUCGCAGUGGAUAACAACAGAAAAGCUAAAAACCCAAAUUUGUUGUCUGACGUGCAAGCAACAAACAAUCCAUCGCAAAAAAAAUAUCUUCAGCACAAAUGGUUUUAAGUACUUGAUUAGCUAUUUAGAAAAGCUUUUUGUAAAUGCGCGCCACAGUGAGUUUGAUGGCGUCCCACGGUGUUGGGGAUCCAAGUAUGUCACGUCCAGAUUAUGAACAAAGUGCUCUGCAUCAUAGUUGUUUAUUGGUGUUGCUGCGUGGCGUCGGGCCAUCAAAGCCACGUUCGUUGCAAAAAGCUUUCGAUAAAGUACGUCGUGUGAAUAACAUUAAAGUUAAUGACUCUUCUGGUUUAACACGUGAUAUUUGGGUGCGCUACGUGCAUGACCAUCCAGUUGAGAAUAAUGAUUGGGGUGAUUUUCAAACACAUCGACGUUUAUUGGGCUUAGUGACUAUUGGUAAAUUUGAUACUCAAACUGAGUUAAAUGAACUGUGUCGUCAACAUGAAUCUUUAAAAGUGCGCUAUAGCAGUACCUUAUACGAUUCAAGAGCCAUAUUUUUUGGUCCUACAAUUUCGAAUAUUACAAAUUGCAAUGAUAAAAAUAGUUUAGGAAGUUCAUUAUCAAAUGCCACUCCAAUUGCAUCUUUAGAAACAAUAAAAGAAAACACUGGUGAUACAUUAAACGCACCUAGGCUGAAACGUUUACAAGAUGAAUACACGACGCCCUCUAAUUUUAAAGCUCAAGCUUUUUUUUAUCGUGAACAUGAUUUAUGUUCUGACCUCGAGUCUUAUAUAGCAGAAUUUGUCAAUUCAAUAUUUUGGGUGUUAGAAUCAAAACGUCUAGAGCGAUCGCGUGAAAAAGUGGAAAGGAUGACGCUUUUGACAGUACCUUUUGAAAAACGAGACUUUGUUGGAAUGGACAUGGAGUCGCGUAGUAUGCGUAAACGUAGUGCCGGACGAAAUAUGAAAAAUUUGGCAGAUUUAUCGCUGCAAGCUGGUUUAGUCGAAGGUUCACUUGGACUUUAUCACAAUGCUUGGGAUACAUUGCGAUCGAUUAAUGAUAUCUUAUGGUUAGGCGCAGCUGAGGAGGGUUUAUGUGCAGCUUCUGCAGUUUUAUUGUAUUCACAUUUACGGGAUGUUGAAACGACUUUGUAUCGCAAUGCAUCAUUGCAAGAAGGGUCAUCACCGCUACGUAAUACACCUGAAAAAUGGCGUGCAAGUGAUUUGACAAAAAAAGUUACCACUCCCGAUCAAAUUAUGUACGAAACACAAACUACAACAGCACCACAUAUGACAUCAGCUUCAUCAUCGUGUUCAUCAGUGUCGUCUAUUCUUACAAAUUCUUCAGCAUCUGGUACAUCGACAUCUUCAUCGUCCCCUUCAACAUCAACAUUAUCAGCAGCUAUUUAUGGACAACGAGGCAAUGAAUUGCCUGCCAACAUAUUAAAACCUGACCAGAUACCAUCAACUUUUCGGAAAGCCAUAUAUAAUUAUAGUAGAUUUCGUAAUGCAGCCAUUGUAGAAACAGAAGCUGCACUGAAGGCAGCUCGCAUAUGCAUUGAACAAAAUAAGCCUCUCGAUGUUGCGAUGUUCUUACAAAAUAUACUGUAUAUUACUUUAAAUUUAAGCGAAGCAGAAUACGUAAAGCGGUUUGAAGUAAUUACCGAUUUAUAUCAACAAAUAGGAUAUAAUCGUAAGGCGGCAUUUUUUCAACGCUUAGCUGCUUCAAAGCAUGUACAGCAAGGAAAUCCCAAUCCAGAUUGGUCGCAAACGUAUCGAUUAAUUUUAGACAGUUUUUCGGGCUAUACGUUGCAAUUGGAUCCAUUGGAAGUAAUUGAAAAUGCCUCUGGUUGGCCAGCUUUGCAAAUUGUAGUGCUACAGAGUUUAAUAACAGCUGCACGACGUUUAGGCCAAUCUGCUUUGGCUACAAGGCAUAUGACGUUUUUAUUGCAGACGCAAUGGGAAAAUAUGUCCUCAAAAGAGCAGAGUGAAAUGGCUGUUCAACUACAGAAUUUAAGUGCUCAAUGUGAAGGUUCUCCUGUACCUUUAGUGCUCGAAAGUGGUAAAGUGAUACCACCAGCAAAUUUAACUGAUCUGCCGUUUUGUAUAGAUUUGAUAGUUAAAGAUUUACCUGCUCAUAUGCGACCAUUACGCAUCAAAGUUGACAAAGCCGACAGUGGACCAUUUUUAUUCACGCCGAUUCAUUUUAGUUCAAUUGAUAGGCGUGAGAAGAAAAAAGAUAAAAAUAAAAUAUCAUUUUUAUGGGUUCAGAAUAAUCUUAGCGAAGUCACUGUACGGUUGCGUAAUCCUCUUCCAUUCGAAUUGAUUGUUUGUGAUAUGCGUUUAUUAACAAAUGGCAUUGUUUUUGAGUCAUUACCUCAAACCGUUACACUCCAACCACAUGUACCAACAUAUGUCACACUACAUGGUACACCAAUAGAGGUAGGACAGCUUGUUAUUCAAGGAUAUAGUACGCAUACGUUGGGAGUGAAGUCUAAUUGUCGUAUGAAGCAUAUGCACGGACGAAAAUUUCCAUCCAAUUAUCUUAUAGAUGUGAUACCUGCGCUGCCAAAAAUUUCUGUAACUACUUCUUUACCACAAACAGCUACGUUCAGUAAUUUAGCAAGUUCAGACUUAGUGAUUACUUCAGCCAGUUUAACUAUGUACAAUGGCGAAUCGUCUAGUUGCGUUAUAACCAUAACGAAUGAAAGUACCUUACCCGUUGAAAAUUUAGAAGUUGUUAUCAAUUCGAAUGUAGAACUCGAUAUUCAGAAGAAAAUAUUUCAAAUUGAUGAAAAGGAACUUCAAUCAAAAUUACCUAUACAAGCAAAUAGUUCUAUGGAUUUUACUGUGUUUAUAUUUGGAGAAGCCGAUUUUAUCUGUCCAACGGUUAGCCAAAGAGCUGCAUCUAUACAUUCCAAUAGUACUAUAAAUGUUUUAACAAAUGACUAUGGUUUAACCGCUAUGAGUGCUGGUGCUACUAGCAGUAACGCUGGUGGAACUGGCACUCAAUCUUUGCAAUAUGCAAGUCUACCAGCACGGUUUGGGUCACCUAGUCAGCAAACAUACAAUAGACGAAAUGAUACUACGAACUCAAGUUUCCGUUCUUCAGCAUCUGGUACUACAACUGUUACUGGUGGAGGACAUUCAUUAGCAACAUUAAGUUUACCUCAAUCUGGUGCUAAUAUUAACCAAUACGCACAACACAUCGAGGCGCAAUUUCGAAUUAAAUAUUCUGGAGGUGAAGGUUUAUUAGAAGGCUAUUGUCGGCAAUGUGCAAUUUCUUUUAAUUUGGAACUUUUGCCUAGUGCGCAGAUAACAAAUUGGGAUGUGCUGCCCGCAGAAGUCCCUUCUCAAUUUUAUUUAGUAUUAGACGUAUCUAAUUUAACUGCUCAAGAAAUGACGCUCAAUUAUACAAAUAAUAAAAAUAUUCUUAUUGAGGCGAAAGAAAGUUGUCGUGUACCAAUACCAGUGGAUCGUUGCUCAUUGGAGCAGGUGUGUGCUGCGCGUGAAGCUGAAUAUGCUGAAAAUAUGGAAAAAGAGCUCUGUUUUCGCACUCAAAUGCUCUCUUUUACUGAUUCAAUAAGUAAACUCUGCUCUGAACAUAUUGCCGAGCGUGUUAAAAUAAAUUGGUUACUAAGUGGAACGGAUAUACAGGGUAUUGCUUCAUUGCGCGGUAUUGUGCUAACUGCAGCAAUGAUCGAUUUGACCACAGUGUCACCACUACAUUGGACUGUUUUAUUCCAAGAUACACCUGUACAACCGCAAUCUGGAAUUGUUUGUAUAGCUGGGCAGAGUGCAAUAUUAAAAGUAGUUGUUUACAAUCAAUCGGUACAACCUCUCAAGAAUUUAGUACUAACUAUUAAGUUCUAUCAGGAUUAUUUAAAUGGAAUUGAAAAUAAAAAUUUAGAAACCCGUGUAGCUCUCUCUGGACCAAAUAGAGUUUUAAUACCACUGCUUCAAAAGAAUGAGCAAGCUGAACAUCAGUGCUCCAUUAUUUUCUUUACACCGGGACGGUUUAAAACCAGUAUACAAUGUUAUACCAAACCAAAACAAAAGAAAUCAGUAAGUAUUACAAACCCACUGUUGUCUCGUUCAUGUCCGGUGCCUGAGAUGAAUUCAUCACAAGCUAAAGCAGACGCAGCGCAAUUACUUCUACAAGAUAUAACCGGUGCAACCAGCUAUCAUGAACAGCAGGAACAUGUAUGGAAGUUUAUACCACCCAUUGAAGUGACAGUCAUAAAGCAACAAUGAAUAAAUUAUAUAUAUAGAAAUUCAUAUAUGUAUAUAAAACGAUUUUUGUUUAGUUGAUAUAAUUGCUGCCGCAAUAAACUUCAGAGAACCAGCACAGAUCAUUUACGUCAAUUUUUUAAGGCUUACUUUUUUUAUAUAUAUGCAUAUUGUCCAUUCAGCUAAAAUGUAUAAAU